AUGAGACUCCUGUCUGCCACUCUUUUGGCGGGAGCUGCUUCGGCAGCUGCCCCCCCCCUUCAGCAGGUUCUUGGAGGCCACCAGGAAUAUGCGGAGAACGUCGCCCAGCAGGGCGCCGAUGUGUUCUCCAAGCUCUCUGAUCAGUUCAAGCACCUCUCCGGCGAGGCCCGUCAGCUCUGGGAGGAGGUAUCCAACUACUUCCCUGAAUCUAUGGAAAGCGCCCCUAUGCUUUCCCUGCCCAAGAAGCACACUCGCCGCCCUGACUCCCACUGGGACUAUCACGUCAGUGGCGCUGAUGUCCAGAGCGUCUGGGUAGAGGGUGCAUCAGGCACCAAGGAGCGUGAGGUCGAUGGCAAGCUAGACACCUUCAGCCUCCGUGCUAAGAAGGUCGACCCCAGCGCUCUCGGCAUCGACCCUGGCGUCAAGCAGUACAGUGGUUACCUUGACGACAACGAGAACGACAAGCACCUGUUCUACUGGUUCUUCGAGUCUCGCAACGACCCCAAGAACGACCCCGUUGUUCUGUGGCUCAACGGUGGCCCUGGCUGCUCUUCCCUCACUGGAUUGUUCUUGGAACUUGGUCCCAGCUCCAUCGGCGAGAACAUUAAGCCCAUCUACAACGACUUCUCUUGGAACAACAAUGCCUCUGUUAUCUUCCUUGACCAGCCCAUCAACGUCGGCUACUCCUACAGCGGUUCCUCCGUCAGUGACACCGUUGCUGCUGGCAAGGAUGUCUACGCUCUCCUUACCCUGUUCUUCAAGCAAUUCCCCGAGUACGCUAAGCAGGACUUCCACAUUGCUGGAGAGUCCUACGCCGGUCACUAUAUCCCUGUCAUGGCUUCUGAGAUUCUGUCCCACAAGAAGCGCAACAUCAACCUCAAGUCUGUUCUUAUUGGUAACGGUCUCACUGAUGGCCUUACUCAGUACGAGUACUACCGCCCCAUGGCCUGCGGCGAUGGUGGCUACCCCGCUGUCGUUGACGAGGGUACUUGCCAGUCCAUGGACAACUCCCUGUCUCGCUGCCAGAGCAUGAUUCAGUCUUGCUACAACAGCGAGAGCCCUUGGGUUUGCGUCCCCGCCUCUAUUUACUGUAACAACGCCAUGAUUGGUCCCUACCAGCGCACCGGCCAGAAUGUCUACGACGUUCGCGGCAAGUGCGAGGACUCGAGCAACCUUUGCUACAAGGGCAUGGGCUGGGUCAGCGAGUACCUUGGCCAAGAGAGUGUGCGCAAUGCCGUCGGUGCUGAGGUCGAUGGUUACGACUCUUGCAACUUUGACAUCAACCGUAACUUCUUGUUCAACGGAGAUUGGUUCAAGCCUUACCACCGCCUCGUGCCUGGUAUCCUCGAGCAGAUCCCCGUCCUGAUCUAUGCCGGUGAUGCUGACUUCAUCUGCAACUGGCUCGGUAACCAGGCCUGGUCCAACGCACUUGAGUGGCCCGGUCAGAAGGAGUUCGCCUCCAAGGAGCUGAAGCCUCUCAAGAUCGUUAACAACGAGCACGUUGGUAAGGAGAUCGGUCAGAUCAAGUCUCACGGCAACUUUACCUUCACCCGUAUCUACGGCGCUGGCCACAUGGUCCCCAUGGAUCAGCCCGAGGCUGGUCUUGAGUUCUUCAACCGCUGGAUCGGCGGCGAGUGGUACUAA